CAACAGUUCGCAAAGUCCGGGCUCCCGGCCUCGCGGCGUGGUCUGCGCCCUUUCGGCGCACGGGCGCGGGAGCCCUCGGGCGGCUGCAUCCCGGGGCUGCCUUGGACAUGCCCCGCACCCCCGGCCGGACACCUGCGCGGCUCCAGCUCGGGGGGGUCCUGGGGGCUUUGGGAGGAGGGCGCCCCCGCUUCAACUUCUGACUUUGGGGUCCCCCAGCCCAAGAAGAAGGGCAUCCCGGCUGGGGGAGCCCCGAGCAUGGUGUGACGGGUCGGUAAGCUUUACUGCGUUACCGACUCCAGCCACCCGUCGUCUUUGUGCCCUCCAGAAUGUAGCUGCUGUCUUCUCGAACCCCGGACUCCAGCCGCUGACUUUGCGUCCCCGGGACUCCGCCGCCGUUCGCGCGACCCUUGCGGUCUCAGCGCCCUCGAGAAUUCUAAGCAGCCGUCUCUGCGAACCCUUAGAAUCCAGCCCCCAUCUCCGCGUCCCUCCAACCCAGACUCCAGCCGCUGUCUCCGCGCUCCCGCGGGGGAUCGAGCUGCAGUGCCAGUAGCUGCGAGCGCAGCAGCUGCCCCACCGCGCGCCUCAAGUCCGUCCGCGCCUGGGUGGGGAGAUGAACGCGCAGCUGGACGGCCUGUCGGUGAGCUCGUCCUCCACCGGCUCUCUGGGCUCGGCGGCCGGGCCAGGUGGCGGCGGGGGCUCGGGGCUGCGGCUCCUGUCGGCCAACGUGCGCCAGCUGCACCAGGCGCUGACAGCUCUGCUGAGCGAGGCGGAGCGGGAGCAGUUCACUCACUGCCUGAACGCGUACCACGCGCGCCGCAACGUCUUCGACCUGGUGCGCACCCUGCGCGUCCUGCUGGACAGCCCGGUCAAGCGGCGCCUGCUGCCCAUGCUGCGCCUGGUCAUCCCGCGCUCCGACCAGCUGCUCUUCGACCAGUACACGGCAGAGGGCCUCUACCUGCCCGCCACCGCCCCCUACAGGCAGCCCGCCUGGGGCGGCCCCGACGGCGCGGGGCCGGGGGAGGUACGCCUGGUGAGCCUGCGGCGCGCCAAGGCCCACGAGGGCUUGGGCUUUAGCAUCCGCGGGGGUUCGGAGCACGGCGUAGGCAUCUAUGUGUCGCUGGUGGAGCCGGGCUCUCUGGCCGAAAAGGAGGGAUUGAGGGUCGGGGACCAGAUUCUGCGCGUCAACGACAAGUCUCUGGCCCGGGUUACCCACGCUGAGGCCGUCAAGGCUCUGAAGGGCUCCAAGAAGCUGUUGCUGUCUGUGUACUCAGCGGGGCGUAUCCCGGGGGGCUACGUCACCAACCACAUCUAUACCUGGGUGGACCCGCAGGGCCACAGCACCUCCCCACCCUCCAGCCUGCCCCAGCCCCACGGCAGCUCCCUGAGGCAGUGUGAGGGUGACCGGAGGAGCACCCUGAACCUCCUGCAAGACGGGGAUGAGAAAAAGGUGAACUUGGUGCUAGGGGAUGGCCGGUCCCUGGGCCUCACGAUCCGUGGGGGAGCCGAGUACAGCCUGGGUAUCUAUAUCACUGGCGUGGACCCCGGCUCAGAAGCGGAAAGCAGCGGGCUCAAGGUUGGGGACCAGAUUCUGGAGGUGAACGGGCAGAGCUUCUUGAACAUCCUGCACGAUGAGGCGGUCAAGCUGCUCAAGUCUUCUCGGCACCUCAUCCUGACAGUGAAGGAUGUCGGGAGGCUGCCCCACGCUCGCACCACUGUGGACGAGACCAAAUGGAUUGCCAGUUCCCGGAUUGGGGAGACCGCCACCAACUCCGCAGGGUUUCCUGGGGAUCUCACAACAGAAGGGACGAACAAGCCAGGGUUUUACAAGGGGCCAGCUGGCUCCCAGGUGACCCUGAGCAGCCUGGGGAACCAGACGCGAGUGCUGCUGGAGGAGCAGGCCCGGCAUCUGCUGACCGAGCAGGAGCGUGCCACCAUGGCCUACUACCUGGAUGAAUACCGCGGUGGCAGCGUCUCCGUGGAGGCCCUCAUCAUGGCUCUGUUCGAGCUGCUCAACACCCAUGCCAAGUUCUCGCUCCUCUCAGAGGUGAGAAGCACUAUCUCCCCUCAAGACCUGGACUGCUUUGACCACCUGGUGCUGAGACGGGAGAUUGAAUCAAUGAAGGCGUGGCAGGCCCCGCGCCCUGUGGCCAGCGACACCUACUCCGUGGUCUCCUACAGCGACACAGCCUCGUCCACGGGCAGCCAUGGCACCUCCACUACUGUCAGCUCGGCUAGGGAGCGGCUGCUGUGGCUUAUAGACCUGAUGGAGAACACUCUAGACCUGGAGGAAACUGGCGAGGCAGUCCAGGGCAGUGUCAACACCCUUCCAGAUGUCUCCCUGGAUGAUGUCAAGUCCAUCUCCAGGGGGCUGUCGAGUGUCAAGCCUCCACCUCACUCACCGCCUCUGGCCCAAAGCUAUGACUGCUCACUCGCCCAGCCGAAGAAGCCAGGGAGAGAGGACCUCCAUCCCUCUUUCUGUGAGUCGUCCCCCUCGGGCAUCGUCUUCUCGGCUGCAUGGAACCACAGCCCACCGGCGGGCACCACACCUGCUCUGGGGCCUUCCUCAGCACAGGACUCGCCCUCCUCCCCCAUCUAUGCCUCCGUCUCUCCUGCCAACCCUGGCUCCAAGAGGCCGCUGGACGCCCGUCUGGCCUUGAUCAACCAGCACCCUAUUGGUCCCUUCCCACGGGUCCAGUCACCCCCGCACCUGAAAAGCCCCCCUGCAGAGGCUGUGGUGGCUGGGGGCUGCCUUCCUCCACCCUUGUCCUCCAGCCACCCAGACCAGACAGGCAUGAACCAGCACUUUGUCAUGGUAGAGGUGCACCGCCCGGACAGCGAGCCAGAUGUGAACGAAGUGAGGGCACUGCCCCAGACGCGUGCAGCCUCCACACUUUCUCAGCUGUCUGACAGUGGGCAGACCCUGAGCGAGGACAGCGGUGUGGACGCUGGUGAGGCGGAGGCCAGCAUGCCAGGCCGAGGCAGACAGAUAGCGUCCACCAAGAGCAGGAGCAGCAAGGAGCUGCCUCGGAAUGAGAGGACCACAGAGGGAGCUGCCAAGCCGCCUGGGCUCCUGGAGCCUACAUCCACUCUAGUCCGCGUGAAGAAAAGUGCAGCCACUCUGGGCAUCGCCAUUGAGGGUGGUGCCAACACCCGCCAGCCCUUGCCAAGGAUCGUCACGAUUCAGCGAGGUGGUUCAGCCCACAACUGUGGGCAGCUCAAGGUGGGCCACGUGAUCCUGGAAGUGAACGGGCUGACGCUUCGGGGCAAGGAGCAUCGGGACGCCGCUCGCAUCAUUGCCGAGGCCUUCAAGACCAAAGAGCGUGACUACAUUGAUUUUCUGGUCACUGAGUUCAAUGUGAUGCUCUAGGUGCCGAGGCCUGAGUGCCUCCACCACUGCCCAGCCCUUGGCCCUGGUCCCUCCUCCCUCCAGGCACUGUCAGGCUCCUUAAGGGACCGGAGCUACAUGGCCAGGGUAGCAGGAAGAUCUCCCUCCACUCUACCACAGCCCACGAGUGGGACCAGACCAGGUAAAGAGAGCUGGGCAAGAAGACAGGCAAACAGAAGGUCAGGUCAGGACCGUGUGCCAUACCAGGUACACAGUAAGUAGGCGCUCAGUCCAUAUGUGGGCUGUGAGAAGGGGAGAAAGGAAGGGGAGAGGCAGAGCGCCAGUAUCUUGGUACAUCCAUGGAGGCCUGCCAGGGCCUGCUCAAGUGUGUGUGUGGGGGGGUGCCCCUCCCCCCAGCUGGCUAGGACCCAGCCCACCCCCAGACACCUGAGCCUUUGUCUGGAGUGAGGUCCCAGUGAGAAUUCAUGGACUCUGCCCCCAGCCGGGGGAGAGGGCAUCUCACAGGACCCUUAGUGCCAUAAAUAAGCAUCUAGCGCCUCCCCAUUCACACCCCUACUCCUGGUUCCUUGUAUCCCCAUGAUAUUUAUUAUUUAUUUCCCUCCCCACACCCCUAGGGGGCCCAGAGCCCCAGCUUCCCCCCAAACCCUCAGCCCUACCCCAGAGGCCUUGCAGGUGACCAGCAGCGUCAGUGUAUUUAUAUACAGAGCUUACGACUUUAAUUUUUCAAUAAAGAAACCUGAACAAGGAUAGGGGCUGGCGUGCUGUGUGGUUGGGGUGUUGAUUGCGGGAGGGGGCUGGGACUUUGGGUGUGCUGAAGGGGUUGGGUAGGGCAGAUGGAGGCACUCAGAACGUUCCACACCACCACCCUCUACCCCGGCACCCAUGCUCGGCUUGGGGUAUAUGUGGGGUGUGCAGGGGCACUGGAGUCACCAUGCACCUUGGAGCACCUGACUUGAAGGUUUGAGGGCUAACCCUAAGUAUUUAUAGAUGAUACCCACACAGGUAUGUUAUAUGAUGGGGCAGAAGGCGUAAUGUGCACGGAUAUUUUAAAACAGAAGUGGCCCUGCUUUAAGGUCUGCCCCCCAGAAGCUGACUCUGAGAUCAGGAGACCAUGUAGGAGUUGGGGAAGCAGGACAGGAAAGGGAAGGGAGCCCAACAAAGGUGGGAUUUCAGGCACAGUCCUGCAGAGGGACAUUUGGCCUGAUUGGGGGUGGGGUUGGGAGGCUGGAGUAUAAGUUAUGGCUCAGAGUUGUCUCUGCUCAAGGCUCGGGCUUUCACUCACUUGUCAGUCUUUGGACAAGGCCUGGGGAGGGAGGAGCUGUACAUUUCCCAUCACUCCCUGCUGUCUACCUGUGCACACAAAGCUGUUCCAGCCACUAGGGGCAGUCCGCUGAAGAAGGGCCAUUGUGUAGGGUGUUAGAUGCAAAAGCACAUGGUGGUGGGAAGCGGGGGUGGUGGCAAAAAAACGGUCUGCUAUGAGGCCAUGAUGCCCGUUUUCUUCUGCGCCCGGGUUUUCUCUGGGGGAAGACAAGUUUGAGAUGCCGUGCUUUGGCCAGCCCUGUGCCUAGGGGAUUGCCACAGGUGGCCCUCGGAGCUGCUGAUUCCAGGCUUGCCUUACACCCUGCUCUUAGCUGCCUUCCCUCCCUGGCCCGGGCAGACCAUUUGAGGCCAGGGCCAUGGGUCCCCCUGGACCUCUGAGGCAGCUGGCAUCACUGAAGGCUCCAGCCUCUUCCAGGGGCUUGGCACCCCCUGCCCCACAUCAUAUUCCUCUCUCCCCAGUCCUCUGCUGGGAAUGACCUCCUCCUGGCUGCAGGAGGACUUUGUCAGGGCCCCAGACGCCUGGUCUGACUCCAGUUCCAAUCCCGUGUGGUCUUCGGCAAGUGAUUUCACCACCUUGAGCCUCAAGUUCUGCAUCUGUAAAAUGGGAUUGUUGUGUUGAUUACCUCUAAUAGUGGUUGAGAUGCUGGGUGUGGGCAGCAGCCUCAGGCUGUCAGCCUUAGGGAGAUGACUACAGUUGUGAUGGGGUAAACAAAGAAAAGCUUUCUAGUGGUGUGAAUACCACACCUUUUUCCAAGCCCCAAGUCCUCAAGCAUUUCCUGAAUGGGAGGGUUUCCCUCUGUCUUUGGCUCAUGGUGUGAAUUCUAGGCCAGUCACUGACCUGCUCCAUAACCCUCGGGGUGGGUUCUAACUGCUCCUGCCUUGAAUCAGCCAUCUCCCCACUUGGUUCAACCUCCCACCCCCUCCAUCCCACCCCACCCCCGCCCAGGGGGCAGAGAGCCCCAGCAGCUGCUACCCACGCAGCCCUCGAUGUUUGUAUUUUUUGAGUGAGCAGGACAAAAAUGACUUUCUGGAACUGUUGCUUCUGGGAUUGCCAGGCCUGGCUCCGGAGCUGCAGCCCGGUGGAAAUAAGGGUCCUCCUCCCUCUGGGGUGUUUUUCUAAUUGUCUCUCUGUGGAAUUUUAAACCUAAAAAAAUUCCUUUGCAAGUGGGCUUAGAAAGGUCAAGUAGCUUGCCCAAAGUCACCCAGCUAAUGAGUGGUAGAGGACAAGUUUGGACCCAAGGCUGCCUGAGGCCUGGGCCUGCUCUUCCCCCAACAGGAAGCCCAAGGACAAGGAUAUGUCCUGGUUUCCUUUAAAGGGACCCAGCAACCCGGGCCGAGGUAGCCUUGAAUAUUGGGCGGGAGGGGCUCAGAGGUCGGCCCAAGCCAUAUGUCCCUGUGGCCCCGACAUCUUCACUUAUGACACCAGGGCUGGGGGUGGGGACAGAGGGGGCCUGGGGUGGCACAGCUGGAGGGUCACAGGACUCUCCCCGAGCCUCAGUUUUCCCUUCUGUUCCAAGGUCUCCCAGGCAGGGCUGCCACACUGCACAACUCCAGGGGACACAGCUCACACCCACCACAGAAAUUUGAAAAAAGUUAGGGGCCAGCAUGCUGUGUGGUCUAUCUGUGUGGCGGGGGUUUUGACUGCACAAGGGGCCCUUCCUGGCUUGACAUUCAAGAACCAGAGCUGGAAAAAGGUGAAGGCAGGAAGAGAGUGUGUUUUGGCUCCUGGGGGUCUGGGCCUGCCCAAACAAGUGUUGAAUCAACCCUGGGGACCUGUCUGCUUGGAAGAAUGCGGCAUGAUGGGCAGGGUAGCCCUGAUGGGAGUACAGAGAACAAGGCAUAGCUCAGAUAGCCCACACCUCAGACUCCUGGGAUCAAAUUCCAGCCCUACUACUUGCCCGUGUGACCUUGAGCAAGUCAUUUAGCCUCUCUGAGCCUUCAUUUCCCCAUCUUUAAAUGAGGAUCAUAAUAUUAACCUAAAAAAAAAAAAAAAAACCCAAGCCCAUUGCCAUCAAGUCCAUUUUAAUUCAUAGCAACCCUGUAUUAACCUAACUGUAGGUUAUUUUAAGGAUUAGCUAAAAUGUUUGCCUUGGAACAGAGUAGGCAACUUUAGUGAUGAAGAGCUGCUGCUAUGACUACUAUUAGAUAUGCUUGUAGGGAGAGCCCUGGUAGCGCAGUGGUUAAGAGCUCAGCUGCUAACCAACCAAAAGGUUGGCAGUUUGAAUCUACCAGCCACUUCUUGGAAAUCCUAUGGGGCAGUUCUACUCUGUCCUAUAGGGUUGCUGUGAGUUGGAAUAGACCAGAGGCAACAGGUGUGCUUGCAGGGAGUAACCUGCAGUCUGGGGGAUGGAAAGUGCUUUCUGCUAGGAGGAAAGAGAACUCCAUGAAGGGCAUGGGGCAAGUCACUUCCCGUUUCCAAGCCUAUUAAACCUUCCUGAGUUAUAGGGUUGGAUAAGGUACUCUUUAAAUUAGUGCUAUUUAUUUAUUGUGAGCUGCCACUGUUUUAUUUACGCCCCUCAGCAAUCCCAUGAGUUGGAGCUGAUAAAUCUCAUUUGCCUGAAGAUUAGUGGCAGCAAGUGGCCGAACUGAGUGAGUGCCCAGGACAGUUUGAUACCCUACGCUGCCUUUCUUCAAGGUGCGCUUUCAGCCUGGACAAUAGACUUCCCUUGUCCUUUACUCUGCCAAAAGAACAAGCAAAUCAGUCUUAAAAGAAAUACAGCCAGAAUGUUCCUUAGAAGCCAGGAUGACAAGACUUCAUCUUGCUUACUUUGGACACAUCCCAGGAAAAGACCAGUCACUAGAGAAGGCCAUUAUGUUUGGUAAAGCAGGCAGAGAAAACGAGGGAAACCUGCCAUGUGGUGGACUGACAUACUAGCCACAACGAAGGACUCAGACAUAUCAAAGAUCCUGAAGAUGGCUUAGGACCGGAGAACAGCCGCAUUUUGGUUCAGUUAGACAUAAGGUCACCGUGAGUGUAGUCAGCUCCACGACAAUAACUCGUUGCAGGGCCUUGAGCAAGUUCUUGUUCCUAAGGGCCAGGGUGCUCCUGCUUGUCUAAUGAGGGUUUGGACUAGAAUAUGCUCGGGGGUUAUUGAUAAAACCCAUCUACCUCAUAGGAAAGGAGCCCUGGUGGCACAACGGUUAAGCACUCCGCUGCGACCCAAAGGUUGGCAGUUGGAACUCACUCAGCGGCUCUGCAGGAGGAAGACCUGGCGAUCUGCUCACCAUAAAGAUCACAGCAUAGAAAGCCCUAUGGGGCAGUGCGCAUGGGGUCGUUAGGAGUCAGAAUCGACUUGUCAAGCACACAACAACACAGGAGAGGAUGGCGCACAGUAAGAGUUUACAACGGUGCCUGACACAUAAACGCUCAAAGUUUAUUAUUAUUGCUGUCAGUAAACGGUUCAUUCAGGCUAUAACAUUUUGUGAUUUUUUUCCUCUCUGUGGGUCUGUGUGACCUUGCACACCUGUCUUACCCUCUGGGCCUCAAGGCUUCCUGUCUGCAGUCAGGCGGGUCCUGGUCAGCCGCUCUGACCUGGGAUUUUCGGUUCUAAAGUUUGGGAAUCCGCUCCCUUGCUUUCGAGUCCCGGGGCGGGUCGCAGGCGGCCGCCUCCCUGCGAUUGGUGGCUCUGCCUGAGGCCCCACCUCCCAGGGCCUCCCGCUCGGGUCAAGGGCGGGCCUCGCAGAUUAGGCACAGAGGCGGCCGCCCGGCCCCCCGCUCGGAUUGGAGGCCUUUGUUUGCCGCUCAACUCCGGGAAACCACCCGCGCGCGGCGGCAGCCGGCAGUCCACAGGCAGGAUAUCGGCUGCUGAGAGAAGCCAGCUGUGACUCUGGUGCCCACAGCAGCAACUCCGUCUCCUGAGGAUGAAGUGGCCCAGGUGAAGUGUGAGCCGGGCCC